ACCCGAUUUUACUAUCAUUCAAGAUUAAUACAGCUUGUUAUAGAAAAGGAAGAUUUAUCUCCAUUAGAUAACACAUUUUAAUUGUUUUUUAAGAGUAAUAAUAAUAAUAAUAAAAAGGCAGCCAACGCCAGACGUGUAUACAGGAUUCUUAUUGCCAUCCUGUAAUUCAUUGGGGUUCAGGUUCUAACAAGUAAUAACUAAAGACCCAGGUUUUGACCCUUCAGCCAUUGAAGACUGAAUACAUUCAUGGGGUGAUCUCAGCCAUGAAUACACUUCUGCUUAAAUCAAUUAUCCAAAGGAAUUCUUGCUUUAAACCUCUUCUCUUCUUUCUGUCUCAAUCCAUUCCUUUCUCUUCUUACAAACUAAAACUGAAUCCUCCGAGCAAGGUAUUGAGAAUCAUGGAUAUCAUGUCCCCCAAACCAACUCCUACUCCCCGCCAAAACCAUCUUCGUCUCAUUCAAGACUUUUUACAAUCAGAUUCUGAUCAAUUUACUGCCCAACACUUUGUCAAUGAUUUUGUUUAUUCAGAUUCACCAACAGAAUAUCUCCCAAUCUUCUUCAAUGAAAUCCUAGCUCCUCCUGUUACAAACAAAGAUAUUUCAAAAUUUAAUCCAAUUGUUCUGUCAAAUGCCAUAAGUUCAUGCGGGUCAAAACGUAAUCUUUAUGGUGGAAUUCAGUAUCAUUGCUUGGCAAUAAAAACUGGGUUCUUCCCAAACGUUUAUGUGGGAAGUUCUUUGGUUACUUCUUAUGGGAAAUGCGGUGAGUUGGAGGAGGCUUACAAAGUGUUUGAUGAAAUGCCUGUUAAAAAUGUAGUUUCUUGGACUACUAUCAUUGCUGGGUUCGCGCAAGAAUGGCAGAUUGAUAUGUGUUUGGAGCUCUAUAAUAUGAUGAAGAAUUUGACUUUAAAGCCAAAUGAUUUCACAUUGACAAGUCUUUUGAGAGCUUGUACGGGUAGUGGAGCUUUGGGGCAAGGGAGAAGUGCUCAUUGUCAAGUAAUUCAGAUGGGUUUCGAUUCGUAUAGUUAUAUUUGUAAUGCUCUUAUUUCUAUGUAUUGUAAAUGUGGGAGUGUUGAAGAUGCAAUGUUUAUAUUUAAGAAGAUGGCAGGUAAUAAAGAUAUUGUGUCUUGGAAUUCGAUGAUUGCAGGUUAUGCUCAACAUGGCCUUGCAAUGGAGGCUAUUGAUCUUUUUGAAAAGAUGAAGGAAGAGAAGAUAAAACCUGAUUCUAUUACUUUUCUUGGAGUGCUCUCUUCGUGUCGUCACGCGGGUCUUGUUGAACAAGGCCGUGUUUAUUUUGAUUCAAUGGUUGUACAUGGUGUUGAGCCGGCGCUGGAUCAUUAUUCAUGUGUUGUUGAUCUUCUUGGUCGUGCUGGAUUAUUAAAGGAGGCUCGAGAAUUUAUUUUAAAGAUGCCGAUUUGCCCCAAUGCUGUUAUAUGGGGUUCUUUGCUUUCUUCUUGCAGGCUUCAUGGGAUUAUUUGGGUUGGGAUAGAGGCUGCCGAGAGCAGACUAUUGUUAGAACCUGGGUGUGCUGCUACCCAUGUUCAGUUGGCGAAUUUAUAUGCUAGUGCAAGGCGAUGGGAUCAGGCUGCUAGAGUACGUAAACUGAUGAAAGAUAAAGGACUGAAAACCAGUCCUGGAUACAGCUGGAUUGAGGUUAAGAAUGAAGUUUACAGGUUUAGAGCAGAAGACAAGUCAAAUUCUAAGGUGACUGAAAUUCAUGGUGUUUUGGGUCGACUGGUAAACCAUAUGAGAACAUUAGAUUAUGGGCAACAAAUGCAUGAGGAAGAGGUUGAUGAUGCUUUGUGUUCAACAAUUUAAAUUCUGUGUCAGAAUCCGGAUGUGGUUAUAAGCAUCAUUCAAUUCUGGUUUUCUGGCUUUUCACUAGUUAAGAUUAAUGUCUGUCUUUGUUGCCCAGAGGAUUAUGCAAUAUGCUGCAUAGGGUACAGAGCUCUAAUGAGGAUACUUAGACAAGCCUCUUCAAAAUGCAUGGAAACAUUGAGACUCAUCUUCGUGAACCCAACUACAUGGUGAAUGGAUCUGGGAUGGAAAUGACCAUAUUCUUGAUCAGGCUUGCUGCAGUUAUCGUCAAUUUGUAUCAUCAAGGCAAUACGAAUGGCGAAAUUUGCAGUAAACUGGUGAUCUAGAUGUUUAUUCCCACACAAAGUAGUCAUUGGAGCUGAGGGCGAGAGAGUGAUCAACAGCCAGGUGAUAAAAUCAGCAACUUGAAGAAACCUUGAACAUGAUAUAAAGCUGGUUUCUGUGAUCCAUUGUGAGCUUUAACCUCCUCCCAAGUCUCAGUCAUUGUUGCAGUGCCAUUUCAGGAUAAUGGCUAAUUAGGUUCUGGCGUCCUGCAAGUCAAGCUGGUCUAAAAUAUAUGCUGUUAUUCCUUGUGAUUCGUGUGUUUCUAAUCAUCGAGAUUGAGUUCAGUGUUGGGGGGCCAUCUGAACCAAAAUCUAGGAUUAGCCUGAUAAAUCAUUAGGAUUAAUUGGGUAUUCCUGUCUGCCAGGUGACUUUCAAUUUUUCCUUUCUUUUUUUUUUUCACAACUGAAUGUAUACUUAAGCAGAAUUGUUAAUGUUUUAUUUAACAAUUGAUAAAUCUCCAUUACAAUCUCAUUCAACAUUA